CCCCUCCCCUGUGACACAUUGUAAGCAUUGUCCCAAUCAGCUGUCACACCAGGCACAGUGCAACUGUACAGGCAGCAGGCAGGAACUGCAGAGGGACAGCUAAAGAGCUCCAGUGGCAGAUGGAAGAGCUGCACCCACCCCUUCCCCCUGCACAGUGCAGGGUCUGCAUUGUACAGACCGCCCUCGCUGCCUGAAGGAGGACAUCCCCUUCCCCUAGCACCCAGGCAGGCUGCCUGCCGAGAGCCCCCCUUGGACAAAUCAAAAUCACUGAAGACAUUCCCCCAGCACAAUAAACGAGACAAAAAGACAAACCGUAUUGAUGACAGCACUGCCAUCAAACAGAGCCACGAGUUGACAUGACUCGUGUAACCAAGGGCUGUUCACAAGGCUUGCUCAGUCUAAAGCGAAUCCUGCGCUGGGGAGAGAAAACGGUCCGCCCUGCCGGCUGCUGUGUACCCAGGAAUUCUAAAUCGCCAGCGAGGAUGGGGAGUUCGAGCAGCGUCCAGUUCUGUGGAAUUCCCAACGGGAAAGGGCCGCACACGGUCGGCUGUACUGACCUUAUGAGUGAUCAUACCAUUCAGGGUACGUUUCUGCGUCUCUUCUACCCUUGCUCAAACAGUGGAGAACAUGAGGAUGCAGUAUGGAUUCCCAAAAACCAGUACUAUCUAGGUCUUGCGGACACCCUCAAAUUAAACCGCACUGUGGGCGACUUUAUCUUUAGUCACUAUUUUGGUUCUGUAAAAUGUCCUGCGAGAUUGAACGCACCUUUCAAGCCAGGGGAGAAGUACCCUCUGAUUAUAUUCUCACACGGCCUCGGCGCUUUCAGGACCCUGUACUCGUCCAUCUGCAUUGGCCUGGCAUCACAAGGCUUCAUAGUUGCUGCCGUUGAACACAGAGAUGAAUCGGCUUCUGCGACGUAUUACUUGAAAGAGAAAUCCUCCAGUGAGCCAUGUGAGGAGAACUGCAACGAGCUGGAAGAAGUGUGGCUGUAUAAUAAGAGUCCCAAACCAGGGACCGAUGAAUUCCCACUCCGAUUUGAGCAGGUCCAGACGAGAGCAGAUGAAUGUUUAAGAGCGCUGGAUCUCAUGCUAGAUAUAAAUGCCGGGAAACCAGUAACAAACGCGAUACAAUCCAAUUUUGACUGGCUUUUAUUGAAGGAUUCUCUUGAUGUCAAAAGCAUUGCGGCCGUUGGACACUCAUUUGGAGCUGCCACAGCAAUCAGGGCCCUUGGCAGAGAUUCCCGAUUCAGGUGUGGAAUAGCACUAGACUCAUGGAUGUUUCCGUUAAGGGAGGAGAUAUUUUCUGCCAUCAACCAGCCGGUAUUAUUUAUCAAUUCUGAAAAGUUCCAGUGGGUGGAAAAUGUAUUAUUAAUGAAAAAAAUGGACUCCACUCGCGUGGAGAGGAAGAUGAUCACAAUCAAGGGCACCGUACAUCAGAGUUUUCCAGAUUUCACCUUCUUGACUGGCAAAUUGUUGGGAAAAAUUUUCAAGUUAAAGGGAGACAUUGAUCCAUACACGGGAAUGGACAUUAUUAUUAAUGUGACAUUAGCGUUUCUGCAGAGACAUCUGGGUCUCCAGAAAGACUUUAAUCGGUGGGAUUCUCUUAUAGAAGGAGAGGGAGAAUUUGUCAUUCCUGGAACGAACCUUUCUCUACCUCUACAAAAACCUCAAAACGUCAAGUGAUACACUUCAAGAACUUCCUAUGUGAAAUAUUUUCAUACUUUGCCAUCGUGAACAUCUGCUCCCAGCCAAAGCAGGUGAACCAAUACCUCAAACAGGAUCUACUUAUUGAUACUGGUUAUCACAAACUACCGAUCAUCUACCAGAUCUGGAGUCCUGCUUGGCCACCUAGGUUGUAGAGAAAGGACAGCUGAGAGACCUUCUGGAAAAACACUUCUUAUGGAUGAUUUCCUGCUGGGGAGCAAGAUACCAAUCGAUUCUUUAAAAUCUUUCCUGUGAUUAUACUUUAUUUAUUUCAACUUGAAUGAUGUGGAAAGCAAUUUACAAGCAGUAACUAUUGCAAGGUGACAUUGUGUGUACAGAAUACAGACUUUCUGGCAGAAGGAGACAGACAUUAUCAAGUAUGGUAUAUUUUGGGUGACAGAAUGGUGCAAACUUAAAAUCCUUGACUUUUUCUGAUGAUGUAAACCGAAUUGUAUCUUUUUUUUCGUACUUUAUAAUUUUUAUGAUUCAAAUGUAACUACAAACUCCUGUGGUAUUAGUAUGUUCUUUUUUUUAAAUGGUGUACUAAUUUAUAUAG